UAUAAUGGCGUCCAUCACUAAGCACUGUUGUCAUAUUUAGUUGUACAGUGUUUCAAUAUUUCUAUUUGUUUACAAUCAUCAUUAAAUAAGCAUUAUUAAAUUAUAAUUAAUAAAAUUUAAUAAUAAUAAAAUUGGCAAUAAAGAUUAAAAUAAUUAUGAAAUGGAUAAAAAAACAAGUGUUAAAAUAACUUGAAGAUUUUAUUCAGUGUUAAAGAAAGAGUAGCUUGGCAACAAUAUACAAGUACAUACAAACAAUGACCUUGGCAGUGCGCUGUCAUUGACAAUACCGCUACCCCACAGUUGUUUUUAAUUUGGCGGUGAUUUUAAAUUUAAUAUAAAAUUUCAGUUAGUGCAAUUAUGAAAUUAAUUAAUAUCAUUUAAAUGAUCAAAUAAUCACUUAUGUAUAUAUGUGUACAUUAUUAGAUAUUCACAUAUAUUAUAAAUAUAUGUCAUAAUUAAGAUAACCAAUUAAUUAAAAAUAAUCCAAAGUGUCGUGAAUUUUAUUAUUUUUGAUUUAAAAACAUUAGAAAAAUUAACAAUGAUGGAAAUAACGACUGAUGAAGAUGCUCAAGCAGCAGUACUCCUUGAAAGCAUUAAUGAUGAUGAUCAUCAUCAAUAUAUCACUAUCCAACGGACUGAUAAUAGUGAUUCUUUGAGUAAAGUACCUCUUUUGACAUUAAGUGGGGAAUUAAUAUCAGAAGGAAUGGUUGUAGACAUGAUAAAUGCUGCUAAUGUGGCUUCUGAGUUCAAUUCUGCUAAUCAAUAUUAUGAAACUGAUGAUCUACUGCCUCAUGAAUUGACAGAGGACGACCGCAAACUAGCAGCUGCUUUGGUAGCAGUCCAAUUUCAACAACAGCAAAAGCAUCAUCACCAUCACCAUCACCAUCAUCAUCACCACCACCAUCAACAGUUGGGGCAUAAUAACACAGGCCAACAACAACCUCACAAUGGAGAUCCAACUCUAUCAGAUGUCAGUCAAUUGACAUCAUUAUCUCCAGUUAAUACUUACUCUAUUCAAGCAAUUCCUGAAUCAGAACCAUCACCGCAGCCAGUAGGGACAACACCUCAGCCUCCAUCGUCACCACCUAGACACUCAUAUUCUUCGAAUUUACAGCCGUCGUAUGUUAAGAGAAUUAGUCAUAACGUUAAGCAGGAGUUUAUUGAUGUAAAAAGUGAAUAUAAUAUCGAUGUCUCUGCUGAUGAUGAUAGUGGUGAAGAUAUUAUUAGUACACCAACAUCAACAAUAACAACGGCAACGACAAUAUCAACGUCAACUCCUACUGCUCAAGGACCUAAACGAUCAUUACCACAUAAGAAACGCAUUGCUAGGAAAUUAAAACAACAGAAUAAUAACAAUAAUAAUAAGAAAAAUAUUAUUAAAAAAGAUGUUGGAAAAAAUAAUCAGGAUGUUAUCAUGUUGGAUAAUGGUAAUGAGAUUCUUCAUCGACAGGUGUUUAAAUGUGAAUUAUGUUGUGAUGAAUUUGAUGGACAGUUGAAGUUUUUUGAACAUCUAAAGAAUCACUAUGAGCCAGUUAAACAGGAAACGAGAACAGCACAGACAACUUGUGAUACAAACAUCACUAUUUCAAUGUCACAAACAGUUCAGAAUCUGGAUAAUGUUAUCGAAGAGUUUAGUGAGCCUGAAGAUUUAAUGGAAGGAAUUCGUGGUGUUGUUGAAGAAACUGGAGCACAUAUUGAUGAUGAUACAGAAACGAAUACUUUAACAACAAGUGUUCAUAAUGACACCAAUUUAUGGUCUAUAUCAACAGCUCCAACAACAUCAACAACAACUACCACAACUAUAGGAUCAUCAAUAACAACAACUUCGACAACGAAUAGUUCUGCUAAUAAUCUUUCGAAUAAUUUUAUUAAAACUACUAUUGUGUCACCAGGAGAAGCAAAAGGUAGUUUAAUCAAUUCCAUCAGUCAAAAUUCUAAUGGAACAUUAUCAUCAUUGAGAGUUAUCAAUGAGCAAAGUUUACCACCAAAUAAGUUUGAUGUUGAUUGUAGUAAUAAUGGAAAGAAAAAGAAAACUCCUAAGGUUCGGAAAACACCAAAUGAUGAAAUAACUUGUCCACAAUGUGAUAGAUCAUUUCAUCAUAAAAAUAGCCUUGUUUAUCACAUGAGAUCUCAUAGUGGUGAACGACCACAUCAGUGUGAAAUUUGUGGAAAGAGUUUCUUUGCUGCAAGUGCAUUAAAGGUCCAUAAACGUCUUCAUAGUGGUGACAAGCCAUACAAAUGCGAAGACUGUGGUCGACAUUUUCGACAAUGGGGUGAUCUCAAGUACCAUUCAAUGAGUAUUCAUUCCGAACAACGACAAUUUCAAUGUGAAUAUUGUGGUAAAGAUUUUGCUCGUAAAUAUUCAUUAAUAGUUCACCGACGUAUACAUACUGGAGAGAAAAAUUAUCGUUGUGAGUAUUGUAAUAAAACAUUUCGGGCAAGUAGUUAUCUUCAAAAUCAUCGUCGUAUCCAUACCGGUGAAAAGCCGCACCCGUGUACAGUAUGUGGAAAACCAUUCCGAGUUCGUAGUGACAUGAAGCGACAUAUGCACACUCAUACAAGAGCUGGAGGAGGUGGUGUCAAUGGAGGUGCAGCUAAUAAUCGUGGAAAUGGUGCUAAUACAGGCAACAAUGGUGGAACAAAUCGAGGACCAAUUGAUGAUCGCAUAACCAACUGUAAGAUGAUGAUAAACAAUGAUGAUAAUGGUAGUAAUAGUCAGGACAAGCGACAGGUUCAUUCAAGAUCUUUGAUUCAAGAUUUAGUUCAGGAGCUCAAAUUAGAAUCACCAAAUAGUGUCGUAGAAAUCGUACCACCUGAUGAUGAUCCUGAAGCUAUUUUACCUCAUGAAGGUGUUUGUUCUCAGAGAAUAGAAUAUAGCAAUGUCAUCACCAUCACUAAUUCUAAUAAUCAAGAUGUUGUUGUUGCUACUGGUGUAGAUCGUGAUCCGUUGGAGUCUGUUGACAGGACAUCUGAUUCUUUGCAGUAUUUUUUUAUGUAAAUUACGCAAAUUGGUAUCACAAUACAAGAGACACUCAUGUACGAUAAGAUAAAGAAGAGUAACAAGAUUGAGUGUGCCAAGAGAGACUAAAAAUAUUAUUUCAUCAUUUUUGGUAUAUAAAUACAUUUAUAUACAUAUAUUUGGGUGACAACGAAAUACAUAGUCACAGAGGCAAUCAUUUUUUAAACGAAUAAUAAAUGCAUAAUUCAUUAUAAAUUGAAUAAUUAUUAUUAUUCGUUUUAUUUAAAUUAAAAUUAAAAAUUUCACCUGCCGUGAGUUACAUAGUUAUAAAAUUAUUUUAUGUAAAAAAAAAAUAACUAUUCAUUCACAAAGUUGGCAGGCACAAUAAUUCAUUUAGU